AACUAUGUCUUGAAAUGCAGGUCAGAAAUAUAAAAGAGGGUAUAAUUUUUCCUUUGGGAUUGUAGAAACAGGUUGAAAUCCCGGCCGCCCUAAUACAUUGACACUUUGGAUCUAACCAUAUUCCUCACUCCUGUGUCUAAUGGCAGACAAUGACACGAAGGACCCUCCGCCACCAUACUACUCUGUGGCAGCGGACCCACAGACGCCUCCUAUGACCUAUGAGGAGGUAAUUCAUCAAGACAAAUAUGGGUUCACACAGAAACCUGUGCCGUACUAUGUUCCAAAGGAUCCAGCACCAGUACAGGUAGACGCCGUCAUCAUCACUACACAGCAUGUUGCUCCUAUAAAAAAGCAGAAGUCUUGUGGACGGAGUGCCAAGUGUUGGGGUGGAUGGGUAGGUGCGCUGCUGGUGUUGGUUCUCAUUGGACUGGCCAUCUGGCUUGGAGUGCGUUAUGGAUCCAAGUCGAAUUCUGGACAUUAUGAGAAUGACUGCAGGGGACAAGAUUGCAAAGAACAGGAACAUAGCAGUGAGUGCAGAGGAGAAGACUGCAAGGAACAGGAACAUGACAGCGACUGCAGAGGAGAAGACUGCGAGGAACAGGAACAUGACAGCGACUGCAGAGGAGAAGACUGCGAGGAACAGGAACAUGACAGCGACUGCAGAGGAGAAGACUGCGAGGAACAGGAACAUGACAGUGACUGCAGAGGAAAAGACUGCAAGGAACAAGAACACCACAAGAUGCAAGAUGGCACGAGUGUACCUGACACCUGCUCCAACUCCUCCAAGCAGUGUGAUGGCAUCCAAGACUGCCAACAGGCUGCCGAUGAGACAAACUGUGUGAGAUUUGGUGAAGGUGGAGUGUUGCAGGUCAGAACUACUCAGGAUGGUCGAUUCCUUCCAGUGUGUUAUCAGGGAUUGGAUCAGAGUUAUGCUGACCAGAUCUGUGAACAGCUGGGCUUUAGAAGGUCUUAUGCAUCAAAUCCAGUGGAUAGCAAGACGUCUGUAGCCCUUACUGUAGGACCGAGAUCAGCCAAACUAAUACAGGGUGUGGUCAAUGUCAGUUUGGGCUGUCAGAAUGAGAAAGCAGUCUCACUGGAAUGCACAGACUGUGGCAAGCAGCAAAGUGACUCCAGGAUCAUAGGGGGCAGUGCCUCUCAGCUUGGCCAGUGGCCUUGGCAGGUUAGCCUGCAUUACACUGGAAGCCAUGUUUGCGGUGGAUCACUCGUCUCUCCAGACUUUGUUGUGUCAGCUGCCCAUUGCUUUGAAGGCUCAACAGGGAAUUCUGAAAAUUGGCUUGUCUAUGCUGGGUCUAUUUCCCAGAGUGCCCUUCAGACACCCUAUCUUGUGAAGAAGAUCAUAGUGAAUGAGAACUACAACAGUGACAGCAGUGAUUAUGAUGUCGCCUUGCUGAAACUCAGUAGUCCUGUUACCUUCUCCAGCACUGUGCAGCCAGUUUGCUUUCCUACAUUUGACCAAACCUUUUCUGAAGGAUCAGAGUGCUGGACAUCUGGCUUUGGGACAACACAAGAGGGAGCAGACCAUGCCUCUACAAGCCUCAUGGAAGUGACAGUGAAUAUCGUCAACACGCUUCUAUGUAACAGCAGUCAGGUGUACAGUGGGGCCAUCACCAAGAAUAUGAUAUGUGCUGGUGAUAUGAAUGGGGGCCGGGACUCCUGUCAGGGGGACAGUGGAGGUCCGCUGGUAUGCAAAGGGGAUAAUAACCGCUGGUAUCUGGCUGGAAUUACGAGUUGGGGAGCUGGAUGUGGAGAAAGACAAAGACCAGGAGUAUAUAGCAGAGUGACCAGCCUUCUCCCCUGGAUCUACAGCAAGAUGCAGCAAGAGAAGCCCUGAUGUCUCCUUUCUGUAUGAUGUGUCCAUUCCUGGGGACAACAGUGGACACAGUGAAAAAAAUUAAGGACAGAGCAAUGCACUUUGACAUGGGACAAUGUUGCAAUAUACGUAGCCACAACUGGACAAAGAAAAAAAACAGACUUUAUUAAUCCCACAUUCUCAAGUAAGAAAACAAUAAAACAACUCAACCUGGGAAAGCAGAGCGGCAGGCAUUGAGGACCCUGGGGUCCCCUUCUGCCGCUGGGCUUUUCUCAUUCUUUUCUUUGCAUUUUUACUGUCAGUUAAGGGCACAGCUACUGAAUCUGAGCCUUUGUUGCCUCUUUGUAUUGGUAUCCUUGGUACUUGGUAUCCUUGCCCUGAUUCUACAAAAUAAUAUUGGGAGUAUUCUGAAAAUAUGUAUUUAAUAACCAAAGGGGUUUUAAUUUUGUUUGAAAAUCAGUGUCUAUAAUGUUUGAUAAAAUGUGGUUGUAUUGUUUUAGCCUAUGUGAAGAGUCUGUCCUUUUCUAUUUAUGAUUCAUACUGUUUCUUUAUAAAUCACACCAAAAUGGAUACAGUUUGUGCUUUAUUCUCUGAUUUCAACAAAUUAAUAUAGGGGAUAAUGGGGCUAGCUAUAAAAAAAAUGCAUAUCUCAUUGGGCCAUAACCACUAUGAUGGCACAUUCAGAUUUCCAGUGCAACACUUGAGCUGAAAGAGUGUGAUGUAUAAUAUAUGUAAACACUUAAUAUUUGGUAACUAUUUACAAUAAAAAUGUUACACAACCAAGACUAA